GACGGCGUGCUACAAAAGUGAAAGGGCAAAUUUUCCUCGGCACGGAUAGGAUUUGAUUUUUUGGUCUGGAACAAUAACACCGAAAAGGUAUUCUUAUAAAAUGAAAAUAGAUAUCCACAGUCACAUUCUUCCCAAGGAAUGGCCAAAUCUAAACGAGAAAUACGGCUAUGGCGGCUGGAUCCAGAUGCAGCACGGCUGCCAGGGAGAAGCAACUAUGAUGAAAGAUGGAAACAUUUUCCGGGUUGUUCAGUCUAAUUGCUGGGAUCCUGAAGUCAGGUUAAAAGAGAUGGAUCAGUCAGGAGUGACAGCACAAGUCUUAUCUACAGUGCCGGUAAUGUUCAGCUACUGGGCAAAGCCCCGGGACACUCUGGACAUGUCGCGGUUUUUAAACGAUGAUUUGGCAGCAGUGGUCCGAAAGCAUCCGAAAAGAUUCAUAGGGCUUGGAACGUUACCCAUGCAGUGUCCGGAACUGGCUGUGCAGGAGAUGCAUCGCUGUGUGAAGGAGCUCAAAUUCCCCGGGGUACAGAUUGGAUCGCACGUUAAUCAGUGGGACCUAAAUUCACCUGAACUACACCCAAUAUAUGCGGCUGCAGAAGAGUUAAAUUGUUCCAUAUUCGUGCAUCCCUGGGACAUGCAGAUGGACGAGCGGAUGUCCAAGUACUGGCUGCCAUGGCUGGUAGGCAUGCCGGCUGAAACCACCACCGCCAUAUGCUGCAUGAUUCUAGGAGGAAUAUUCCAAAGGUUCCCAAAACUUAAGGUUUGCUUCGCACACGGAGGGGGAGCCCUUCCGUAUACGAUCGGCCGCAUUAACCACGGCUUUAACGUUCGGCCGGAUCUGUGCGCCGUGGAUAACGACGACCCGCCGGAGAAAUACCUGGGCUCGUUUUACACGGAUUCUCUCGUCCACGACCACAAGGCUUUAAAACUGCUUGUCGAUGUCAUAGGAAAAGAUAAAGUGAUUUUGGGAACUGACUAUCCUUUCCCGCUAGGAGAACAUAACCCAGGGCGACUGAUCGAAACCAUGGACGACUUUGAUGAUACAUUAAAAGACAGGCUUUUGGCCGAAAAUGCCUUAAAGUUUCUAGGACUGAAAAGGGAACAGUUUGAAUAACAAAAGCAGAAGAAUGUUUUGGGGGAGAGCGUUUGCAUAUUUAUCAUUACCGGGGUCGGAAGAGUUAAAUGUAUAUUUUUGUGAAUAAAGUCAUUAAGUUGC